AAUCAUAUCGAAAUUCGUAUUACCCGUAACGUUAGUGUUCAUGGAAAAUGAAUUAAAAGAGAGGAAAUACAUCGUCUGAAAACAGUACUGAGCCACUUGAUUUUAUCCGACGCCUCAAAACAAGUUACCUUAAACUGGCUAAGUCACCUUAAACUGGUUUUUACGACACAAUAGCUUGUUCACGAUACCUCGGUCGUGCCGCUCUACACGAUGAGGCCUGCUCCAAACACCCCCAUCAUGUGCGACGGUACCUGGCAUGCCAUGGGAAUGGGCAGGCCAUAGACAUACCUGUAGAUGUCGAGAUGGUCACAACAAACGUAUCUAGUGGUUGUGCACAUUUUCUUGGCCAAUUCUCGACAGACGCAAACGGACAAGUAGAUGGAGCCUACUCCUCCGACCGCUGGCCAUAUUGAAGGAGCAGACGACUGGAACGGGUUGAUCUCUUGGAACGCGACGGUUGAAAGAACUGUCCAUCGCACCGACAACACGACGAGACUUAAAGGGAUGCCCGUGGUCGCGACUGCCACCACGGGCUUGACACAAGCAAAGUACAACAGCGUCGCCCCAAAGUCUCGAGCGGUAGACAGUGUCACGAAGAUGUGCUGGCCUUGUGGAGCAAUCGAGUUGUAUAGACGAAUGUCGAUGUUGGCAAUGAGGACCACUGCCCAACACAGCCACGAGGGCAACGUCAUGGGACACAUGGCCGACGCCGUAGCCAGCAGUAGACACACCACUGCGAUGAACCAUGCCGCGACACAUGCCAAGACGACAAACGCAGCAUGUAGCCCUUGAAAAGUGAGAAGUUGGAACGUUAUCCGCGGUGACCGACACAGAUUCAUGAACGCUCCACACCCGUCAUCCGGACGUCGGCGCCGUCGAGGAAGGGCGACUCGCGUGCCGUACCAAUUGGGGUCAUACCCUCCAUACACAGACUGUGGCACAAACACUUUGCCUUCUUCCGUGCAUGGCGGUGAUGGAUGGUCAGAGCACGAGAUUGGCAGCUUGUCAUCGUCCAUCGCUCUAGAUCUCGUUCUGGCAGCCCAGUGGUAGGUCAAAUGUGCUGAC